AUGCUGUUCCAGUCUUUCAUUACCACAGCCCUCUUUGCGGCCAUAUCUGCUGGGUUCCCCAUUGAGACUCCUGAGGUUGAGAUCGUCGAGAAUGAUGUGAACACGACCAUCUCCGAGCUUGAUGUCCGUGCCACCUUUCAGGACGUAUACAAGAUGUACACGGGAGACGGCAGCCAUUUCAAGGCCGGCUGGCCCAACAUGGACUUCUGGGGCACCUGGGACCAGAUGUGGAACGCCAACGUGCCCCUCAUGCGUAAGUCCUGCGGCUGGAACGGCUGGGGCAAGGACAACUCCGAGACGGAGAUCGGCUACAUCAAGAGCUCCCUCGUCACCGUCUCCGGCGAAGUCGGCAUCGACAAGCGCUUCCUGCUCGCCAUCGUGAUGCAGGAGAGCAAGGGCUGCGUCCGCGUCCCCACCACGCCCUCCGGGAGCGGCCACAACAACCCGGGCCUCAUGCAGUCCCAUGCCGGACAGGGCACUUGCGCCGGUGUUGCCAACUGCUCCAAGGCACAGGUCCUUCUGAUGAUCCGGGACGGAAGCGCUGGCACUAGUGCCGGCGAUGGUCUUAAGCAGACCUUCGCGAAGACCAAGGCCUAUAUUGGAUCAUCAGGGAGCCAGGCCCUCUAUGCUGCUGCUCGCAUGUAUAACAGUGGAUCGGUUGACUACAAGAACCUGAAUAACGGCUUCAUCUCUAACAAGUGCUACGUGGUUGACGUUGCCAACCGACUUACUGGAUGGACGUCGGCCGCCUCAAAGUGCUCAUAA